CGUUCAAGGAAGUCUGAGGCAAUUCGUCCAGUCAGUCGACAGCCCCGCAGCCAGCCAGUCUGGGCUGCUCCCUCCAAGGGGCUCUGUCCAAGCGGGGACCGGGCUGCUUUCCCUCCUUUUGGGGGGAGUUAGGGCACACUUUCGGGCUGGAGGGGGUGUUCGGAGGAGGGAGAAGUUCGUGCGUGGCUGGAACUGGGCUUCGCGUGUGUCGAGGAGUUUGCCUGGCUCGAGUUUGGCUCUGUUGAUGUUUGAGGGCUUUUGUGCAGCUUGAGGAGUUCGCCUGCUCUUUGAAGGAGUUCCUGGGACGGGAGUUUGUGUCUGCUUAUGUGUGUUGCUGUGUGGGGAAGCCGUGUAGCGUUGGAGGCGCUUGAGGAGGAGUCCGUGUCGGGGUGUGUGUGUGUGUUCUUGCGGGGUUGCUCUCCCCAAUGCUUUGCGAGUAAGGACCCCAAAAGGAGAGCGGGGCAAAGCGUUUGCCUAGAAGCGUCUCCUGAGGGGAGAGUUCUUUCCUUUUUUGGAUUUGGAGCGGGAGUGGAGGGCUUUCUUUUGGGCUCGAGUGAAGCCCAGGUUAUCUUAAGCUUGUGUCUUUGUGGGGUUUUCUUUUGGAUCAUUGAAGGAGUUUCUGGGACUAGAGUUUGUGUUUGUGUGUGAGUUGCUGUGUGAGGAUGAGCUUGUGUGUUUAUGGGGUUUUCUUUUGGAUCAGUGAAGAAGUUUCUGGGACUGGAGUUUGUGUUUGUGUGUGAGUUGCUGUGUGAGGAAGUCGUGUGGCGUUGAAGGCGCUUGAGGAGGAAGUUGUAGUUUCCAAUGCUUUUCAAGGAAAGCGGGGCAAGGCGUUUGCCUGGAAGCAUCUCCCUUUGGGUUUCCCUCCCUUCUCCUGAGAGCGUCCUUUCCCUUCCUUGUUAGGAUUUAGAGAGAAGGCUCUUUCUUUUGGGCUCUCCUGUGAAGCCCUCUUUUUCUUGAGGAGCUUGUGUGUCUGUGGGGUUUUCUUUUGGGUCAUUGAAGGAGGUCCUGGGACUGGAGUUUGUGUGCGUGUUGCUGUGUGAGGAAGUCGGUGUGGCGUUGGAGGAGGUGUCAAUCCCCAAUGCGUUGCGAGGAGAGCGGGGCAAGGCGUUUGCCUGGAAGCAUCUCCCUUCGGGCCUCUCUCCCUUCUCCUGAGGGGAGAGCCCUUUCCCUUCCUUUUUAGGAUUCAGAGCAGGGAGGGGCUCUUUUAUUCGGCUCUCCAGUGAAGCUCCGUUUGUCUUGAGGAGGUUAUGUGUAUUCUUUGGGGUCUUUGAAGGAGAUCCUGGGACUGUGAGGAAGUUUUGUGGCGUUGGAAGCGCUUGCGGAGAUUUCUUGCGAGGCAAGCGUCACGUCACCCUUUGGGUUUCUCCUGAGAGAAGAGUCCUUUCCCUUCCCUUUGGGGCUUCCUUUGGGGAUUUAAAGCAGGCUCCCUCUUUCCUUUGGGCUCCCCAGUUGUUGUUGCGGAGCCUGUGCGUGCUUGUGCUCGGUUCUCCCGUUCUUUUCCCUCCUCCUCCUCCUCCGCCAUGGGCUUCGAGCUGGACCGCUUCAGCGGGGAGGUGGACCCGGACCUGAAGUGCCAGCUGUGCCGCAAAGUGCUGGAGGACCCGCUGACCACGCCGUGCGGCCACGUCUUCUGCGCGGGCUGCGUGCUGCCCUUCGUGGUGGCCCGGGGCAGCUGCCCGUCGCAGUGCCGCCGCGUCUCGCCCAAGGAGCUCAACCACGUCCUGCCGCUCAAGAGCCUCAUCCUCAAGCUGGACAUCAAGUGCGCGCACCGGGCGCGGGGCUGCACGCAGGCCGUGCCCCUCCAGCAGCUGGCGCGCCACGCCGAGAGCUGCCCCUUCGCCCCGGCGCCCUGCCGGCACCGCGGUUGCGAGGAGGUGCUCGACCGCCAGGCCCUGGAGGGCCACAUGCGCGACGCCUGCCCCUGGCGCCCCGCCGGGCUCUGCCGCCAGGGCUGCGGGCUGGCGCUCACCCGCCGCGAGCGCGACGCCCCCGGCGCCCACGCCUGCCUGCCGGCCCUGCAGGCCCACGCCGCCGCCCUCCGCGCCCAGCUGGCCGGCCUCGAGAAGGAGCUCAAGAAGGAGGCGCUGCGGGCCGGGAAGCGCGAGAAGGCCCUCCUCGCCCAGCUCGCCGCCGCCCAGCUCGAGCUCCAGACCACCGCCCUGCGCUACCAGAAGAAGUUCACCCAGUACAGCGCCCGCCUCGAGGCCCUCGCCGCCCGCAGCCUCGCCCACGCCGCCCGCGCCGGAAAGGAUGAAGAGACUAAAGCUCUGACUCUUGUUCUUCAUCGGGAUUCUGGGUCCCUUGGAUUUAAUAUAAUUGGUGGCCGGCCAUGUAUGGACAACCAAGAUGGCUCAUCCAGUGAAGGAAUUUUUGUCUCUAAAAUAGCUGACACUGGACCUGCUGCCAAAGAAGGAGGACUGCAGAUUCAUGACAGGAUUAUUGAAGUAAAUGGGAAGGAUUUAUCUAAAGCAACUCAUGAUCAAGCAGUAGAAGCAUUCAAAACAGCGAAAGAUCCCAUUGUGGUCCAGGUCCUGAGGAGAGCCCCUCGCACCAAGGUCUUCAGCCCAUCUCCAGAAUGCCUUCUGGUCGAUACAGGCACCCAAACAGACAUCACCUUUGAACACAUCAUGGCUCUAUCCAAGAUGGGCUCACCGACCCCACCUGUUUUGGAUUCAUAUCUGUUACCUGAGGAGCAUUCAUCAGGGCAUGAAUACUACGACCCAAAUGAUUACAUGGGAGGCAUUCAUCAAGACAUGGACCGAGAAGAGCUAGAAUUAGAGGAAGUGGAUUUGCAUCGAGUGAACAGCCAGGACAAAUUUGGGCUUACAGUGUGCUAUAGAACCGAUGAUGAAGAUGAUAUUGGCAUUUAUAUCAGUGAGAUUGAUCCCAACAGCAUUGCAGCAAAGGAUGGUCGGAUCAGAGAGGGAGAUCGAAUAAUUCAAAUUAAUGGCAUUGAGAUACAAAAUCGAGAAGAAGCUGUGGCACUCCUUACCAGCGAAGAAAGCAAGAAUGUCUCCUUGCUCAUAGCAAGACCAGAAAUUCUCCAGCUGGAUGAAGGAUGGAUGGAUGAUGACAGAAAUGUUUUCUUAGAUGAUUUGCACAUGGACAUGUUAGAGGAACAGCACCACCAAGCAAUGCAGUUUACUGCCAGCAUGCUUCAACAGAAGAAGAAAAAUGAAGAGGAUGGAGGUACAACAGACACUGCAACCAUUUUAUCAAACCAGCAUGAGAAGGACAGCGGCGUCGGGCGUACUGAUGAAAGCACCCGCAAUGAUGAAAGCUCAGAGCAAGAAAACAAUGUGGACGAUCACACUACCGCCUCCAACACUUUGGGGAGUCAGAAGAAGCUGACAUACAGCCAUGACACUCUGGGCAGUGGUGACAUGCCAUUCAGUAAUGAGUCAUUUAUUUCUGCUGACUGCACCGAUGCAGAUUUCCUGGGCAUCCCAGUAGAUGAGUGUGAGAGGUUCCGAGAACUGCUGGAACUGAAAUGCCAGGUGAAAUCUGCAAACCCAUACAACAUAUACUACCACAACAGUACUCUGGAUAUGAGCAAAAGUGACCAUGAGAGUGUGGACAGGGAGCUGGAGAUGCUGAAUGAGGAGCUACGCAGUAUCGAGCUGGAGUGUCUCAACAUUGUGAGGGCCCACAAGAUGCAGCAGCUGAAAGAACAGUGCCGGGAACCGUGGAUGCUGCACAAUAGCGGAUUCCGCAACUAUAAUACAAGCAUUGAUCUCCGUCGGCAUGAACUCUCGGAUAUUACCGAGCUGCCUGAGAAAUCAGACAAGGACAGCUCCAGUGCUUACAACACAGGGGAAAGUUGCCGAAGCACACCUCUCACACUGGAGAUCUCACCCAACAACUCUCUCUGCAGGACAGCAGAAGGCCUCAAAUCCCAAGGCAGUGAAGGGGCAGAAGGCUCUGAGAAAACCUUGCUGACUAGCCCAGAGAGUCUUGAAUCCAGCACAUCUCAACUUCACCCAAAAGAUGUUGACCUUAGCAACCCAUUGGAAAUUAAUGAGAGAAAAGUCACUGAUGGAAGCAGAAGCCCAGGUCAACCCUCCAAACCGGGUGGCUACUUGUCUUCCUAUCAGCACUCUCCUUAUAAACAUGCCCACAUCCCUGCCCAUGCCCAGCACUAUCAGAGUUACAUGCAGCUGAUACAGCAGAAGUCAGCAGUGGAGUAUGCGCAAAGCCAGAUGAGUCUAGUGAGCAUGUGCAAAGACUUGAACUCCUCAAACCAGAGUGAACCCAGAAUGGAAUGGAAAGUCAAAGUCAGGAGUGAUGGUACCCGUUACAUUACUAAGAGACCAGUAAGGGAUAGGUUGCUGAGAGAACGUGCCAUAAAGAUCAAGGAAGAGCGCAGCGGCAUGACCACAGAUGAUGAUGCCAUAAGUGAAAUGAAGAUGGGCCGCUACUGGAGCAAGGAGGAGCGGAAGCAACAUAUUGUAAAAGCCAAGGAACAGAGGCGACGACGCGAGUUUAUGAUGCAGAGCAGAUUAGAAUGUUUGAAGGAGCAGCAAGGGGCUGAGGAGAAGAAGGAGGUGAAUAUCAUAGAACUGAGCCACAAAAAAAUGAUGAAGAAAAGGAAUAAAAAGAUAUUUGACAAUUGGAUGACAAUCCAGGAACUCCUAACCCAUGGCACAAAGUCACCCGAUGGCACAAAAGUUUACAACUCCUUUCUGUCGGUGACCACAGUAUAAUCUUCCAGUGCCAAAGCUGUGUACAUAAAACCCUACUGUUGGGGUAGAGAUUCCUGCCUCGUUAAAUGUGGCAACACUUUUGCUUUGUUUUGUAUAUAAGACACAGUCAUCAAUAAUAUGGUUCAGGUUCUGAACUCUGGGUGCAAAUGUUCUCAACAGAGGAGUGAAAGAGUCAUCCACCCAAAAUCUUAAAAGGCAAUAUUGAACAAUCAGAGCUUAUUUGGUAUACCAAUAGUACCUUUUUUUGUAACUUGUUACCCUUUUACAUAAAGUGUUAAAAAUAACAGGAAAAACAUAUUAAUCAUACUUACACAGGUAAUAUCUUUUAAAUCUAUAUUCAUAUUUUUUAAAAAGGUUACACAUGCAGAAACACUAAGACAACUUCAAAUAGUAUUUUUAACAAGACAGUAUUUUGCAAUAUAUCGUUGACUUUUCUCUGCACAAGUUGCCGUUUUAUCAGUAUUCUAGUUGUACUAUCAAACUCUUGAUAGAAUUUUUCUGCAGCAUUAUGCACCACUUAUCAAACUGGUUAUAUCUUUAGGGUUCUUUGCACAUACCAUUUUGCCUUCUGGGACAGCAUGCCUGCCCAGCCUGUGGCCAAAUGUAGUGACUCAUCAUAUGCUCAAUAAACGUCCUGUCUUGGAUGUCUGAUAAGGCAGUGCUACUCAAAGCAGUAGAGUUUCUAGACUAGUUCUAGUCUAUCACUGGCUUUUGGUCCCUGCAAAAUGUUUAGGAAAGAAAAUACAGUUGUAGCCAGUGGGAACUAGUCCCAGCCACACUGAGAGGGAUGGUGCUGCUAGCACCCCACAUCAGGUAGACUGAGAAACUGCAAUAGGGGACAACAAAAUCACAGGACUUCCAGGCAAAUGCAAUAAACCUGAGUGGAUUGUAUGACUGUUGAAAAUGUCUAGGUAGCUACAGCUUGACUUCAAAGCAGUAGCUGGAGUAGAUCAUAGAGAUUGGAUGAUGACACACAGGCUAUAGUACAGAAAAGAGAUGGCAAACAUGUGGACCUUCAAAUGUCUCUGAACUGCAGUUGCCAGCAUAGCUAUUAUAAAGAUGGUAGAAGCUGUAAUCCAACUAUCCCUGUAGAAUCAAAAAUUCCCCAUGAUUUUUACAGAGGAAGCUGGCACCUAGGCAUAUGAAGACAGAAGGGUAUGGGAAUGCAGAUAACCUAAGUAUUCUGCACACAACUGCUGCAGGUUUGGGCUGAUAACCACACAUUUUUGUUUUUCUCACUGUGUAUUCUGAAAGUACAUAAGCAGCACUUGAAAGAAGAGGUGAAGUGCUGCACACCUCAGCCCUGAAAUAUAUUGAAACAAGUUUUUGCCGAGGCUGUGGCCUACAGAAAGAACGUGCAUGUGUGUCUUACCUUUCUACAAAACUGUUUUGUGUAAUUUGAAAUGCCCAUUGUAGUAGCUGUCUGCUUGGUAGAUUUGAAUGUAUUGAAACUGAGAUCAGUUUUCAUGAAAUCAUGACUAGUUACUAACAAGUAAAAUGAAGUUAAAAAUAAAAAAUAAAUUAUUGUUUUAUAUUUCA